GGAGUGCUGGGUCCUGACAUGAUGGCCUGGAUGGGCAAUGCCUGGAGUGAGGGCCAAGGUGGGAUGGCUGCAGUUGGUUGGACAUUUGCAGAGCUCUGAAGCCAUCCCCUCGGGGAUGCUGAGUGUUCUUGGAAGGGUCAUGUGUUCUCCUGGACAGUGUUUGCCCCUUCCUCUGUGAGUAUGAACCAAAUGAUAGAAUGUGCUUCCAGGGCCCUGGGAAUGUGGCCAGAAACAGGUCCUUUGGGAUCAGUGGUCUAGGUUAGUUGCGGUGGGAGAUGAGAACAAGGUAGGGGACUGACACGGGAGUUGACUGAGGCAAAAUGUUAGGGAGGAGUGGUAUGAAACCUGCUCAUUCUGGAUCCUGUCCCCAGCAGCUCUGGGCACAGCUAAGGGCACAGGCACUAAUAGAAGCAGGCGUCUGACUGACUGGAUGGAUGAUUGUUCUUGCUUAUGAUUGUUGGGUCUCUGUCUCUUGAUAGUGGCAGAGUAUUGUAGGAUGUACAGAAGAAUUAAUGUUUAUUGUAUGCUACACGACAAGUGUAUUAGAUUUGUUUCUGAAAACCGUUAUUCCCAUUUUAUACAAGAAACCGAUGCAGGAAGCUACAAUAACUUGUGCAUAGCAGUGCUCUUGGGAAAUAAUCAUGCUAAGGUUUGAAACCUGAUCUCAUGCCAAAGAUCAUGCUUCUCAUGAAGUAUUUUGAAGAGCCAGGCUUUCUUUGGUGACCUUUUCCAAAUGCCAGCCUGACCAAAGUCUUGUAUUCCUGAUCUGUCUUUCCAGAUGGGGCCAUUAGUGAUUGAGAGGUUGAAGGGCAUGUGGCUCUGUGGGAUACCGAAGGGAACUGACAGAACUUAGCGGAAGUUUAAACAGGGGUGGAGGUUUUAGGGUGUGUAGAGAAGUUCCCUAGCUUCCUUUUGCUUUGCCCUAGGUGUCACUCGGUGUCUGCUUCGAGUGCUGCUUGUCUGUCUUAGCAUCUGGUUCUGUGGCCACCUGGGGCAGGUCUGGGUACACUUCCCACUCAUACCCUACAGCAUGUCAUGGUUUAGUGGCCUCUUGGUCCCCAAAGUGGAUGAACGAAAAACAGCCUGGGGUGAGCGCAAUGGACAGAAGCGUGUACGCCAUGGGACUCGGGCCAGUGGCUUCUGUGCACCACGCUAUAUGAGCUGCCUCCAGGAUGCAGAGCCACCCAGCCCCACCCCUGCAGCUCCUGCUCGGUGCCCCUGGCAGGAUGAAGCCUUUGUCCGGAGGGCUGGGCCAGGCAAGGUUAGGGAGCUGGGGCUGCGGGCUGUGGCCCUGGGCUUUGAGGACACUGAGAUGACUGCAGCAGCAGUGGGGACUGCUGAGGUUGGACCUGAUGUAGCAAGCAGGAAUGGACGAUCAUGCUGGCGCCAUCUGGUGCGGGUGUUCCAGUCAAAGCAGUUCCGCUCAGCCAAGCUAGAGCGCCUGUACCAGCGGUACUUCUUCCAGAUGAACCAGAGCAGCCUAACACUGCUGAUGGCGGUGCUCCUGCUGCUCACGGUUGUGCUGCUGGCCUUCCAUGCCGCACCUGCCAGUCCCCAGCCUGCCUAUGUGGCUCUGCUGGCCUGUGCUGCCACCCUUUUUGUGGCACUCAUGGUGGUGUGUAACCGACACAGCUUUCGCCAGGACUCUAUGUGGGUGGUAAGCUAUGUAGUGCUGGGCAUCCUGGCAGCUGUACAGGUCGGGGGCGCCCUGGCAGCCAACCCACACAGCCCCUCAGCAGGCCUCUGGUGCCCCAUGUUCUUCGUCUACAUCACCUACACGCUCCUGCCCAUCCGCAUGCGGGCUGCUGUGCUCAGUGGCCUAGGCCUCUCCAGCCUGCAUUUGAUUUUGGCCUGGCAGCUCAACCAAGGUGAUGCCUUCCUCUGGAAGCAGCUCGGUGCUAACAUGGUACUGUUCCUCUGCACCAAUGUCAUCGGCAUCUGCACACAUUAUCCGGCUGAAGUGUCUCAGCGCCAGGCCUUUCAAGAGACCCGUGGUUAUAUCCAGGCUCGGCUGCAUCUGCAGCAUGAAAAUCGGCAGCAGGAGCGGCUGCUGCUGUCGGUGUUGCCCCAGCACGUUGCCAUGGAGAUGAAAGAAGACAUCAACACAAAAAAAGAAGACAUGAUGUUCCACAAGAUCUACAUCCAGAAGCAUGACAACGUUAGCAUCCUAUUUGCAGACAUCGAGGGCUUUACCAGCCUGGCCUCCCAGUGCACUGCGCAGGAGCUGGUCAUGACCUUGAAUGAACUCUUUGCCCGGUUUGACAAGUUGGCCGCGGAAAAUCAUUGCCUGAGGAUCAAGAUCUUAGGGGACUGUUACUACUGUGUGUCAGGGCUGCCGGAGGCCCGGGCAGACCAUGCCCACUGCUGUGUGGAGAUGGGGGUGGAUAUGAUCGAGGCCAUAUCGCUGGUACGUGAAGUGACAGGUGUGAAUGUGAACAUGCGUGUGGGGAUCCACAGCGGGCGCGUGCACUGUGGCGUACUUGGUCUGCGGAAAUGGCAGUUUGAUGUGUGGUCCAAUGAUGUGACCCUGGCCAACCACAUGGAGGCGGGAGGCCGGGCUGGCCGCAUCCAUAUCACUCGGGCCACGCUGCAAUACCUAAACGGGGACUAUGAGGUAGAGCCAGGCCGUGGCGGUGAACGCAACGCAUAUCUCAAGGAGCAACGCAUUGAGACCUUCCUCAUCCUGGGAGCCAGCCAAAAACGGAAAGAGGAGAAGGCAAUGCUGGCCAGGCUGCAGCGGACAAGGGCCAAUUCCAUAGAAGGGCUGAUGCCACGCUGGGUACCUGACCGUGCCUUUUCCCGGACCAAGGACUCCAAGGCUUUCCGCCAGAUGGGCAUUGAUGAUUCCAGCAAAGACAACCGGGGUGCUCAGGAUGCUCUGAAUCCUGAGGAUGAGGUGGAUGAGUUCCUGGGCCGUGCCAUUGAUGCCCGUAGCAUCGAUCAGCUGCGUAAGGACCACGUGCGCCGGUUCCUGCUUACCUUCCAGAGGGAGGAUCUUGAGAAGAAGUACUCACGGAAGGUGGAUCCCCGAUUUGGAGCCUAUGUUGCCUGUGCCCUGUUGGUCUUCUGCUUCAUCUGUUUCAUCCAGCUCCUCAUCUUCCCACACUCCACCCUGCUGCUUGGGAUCUACGCCAGUAUCUUCCUGCUGUUGUUGGUCACUGUGCUGAUCUGUGCUGUGUACUCCUGUGGUUCUCUAUUCCCUAAGGCCUUACAACAUCUGUCCCGAAGCAUCGUUCGCUCUCGGGCACACAGCACCGCAGUUGGCAUCUUUUCAGUCCUGCUUGUGUUCAUCUCUGCCAUCGCCAACAUGUUCACCUGUAACCACACACCUAUACGGACAUGUGCUGCCCGGAUGCUGAAUUUAACACCUGCUGACAUCACUGCCUGCCACCUACAACAGCUCAAUUACUCUCUGGGCCUGGAUGCUCCCCUGUGUGAGGGCACCGCACCCACCUGCAGCUUCCCUGAGUACUUCAUCGGGAACAUGUUGCUGAGUCUCUUGGCCAGCUCUGUCUUCCUGCACAUCAGCAGUAUUGGCAAGUUGGCUAUGAUCUUCAUCUUGGGACUGAUCUAUUUGGUGCUGCUUCUGUUGGGUCCUCCAGCCACCAUCUUUGACAACUAUGACCUACUACUUGGUGUCCACGGCUUAGCUUCUUCCAAUGAGACCUUCAGUGGGUUAGACUGCCCAGCUGUAGGAAGGGUGGCACUGAAAUACAUGACACCUGUGAUUCUGCUGGUGUUUGCGCUGGCACUGUAUCUACAUGCCCAGCAGGUGGAGUCAACUGCCCGCCUGGAUUUCCUGUGGAAACUGCAGGCAACAGGGGAGAAGGAGGAAAUGGAAGAGCUCCAGGCAUAUAACCGGCGGCUGCUGCAUAACAUCCUGCCCAAGGACGUGGCUGCCCACUUCCUGGCCCGGGAGCGCCGGAAUGAUGAGCUCUACUAUCAGUCCUGUGAGUGCGUGGCUGUCAUGUUUGCUUCCAUUGCCAACUUCUCUGAGUUCUAUGUGGAGCUGGAGGCCAACAAUGAGGGGGUUGAGUGCCUGCGACUGCUCAAUGAGAUCAUCGCUGACUUUGAUGAGAUUAUCAGCGAGGAGCAGUUCCGGCAGCUGGAGAAGAUAAAGACAAUUGGUAGUACCUACAUGGCUGCCUCUGGGCUGAACGCCAGCACCUAUGAUCAGGUGGGCCGCUCCCACAUCACUGCCCUUGCAGACUACGCCAUGCGGCUCAUGGAGCAGAUGAAGCACAUCAAUGAGCACUCCUUCAACAAUUUUCAGAUGAAGAUCGGGUUGAAUAUGGGCCCAGUCGUGGCAGGUGUUAUUGGAGCUCGGAAGCCACAGUAUGACAUCUGGGGGAACACAGUAAAUGUCUCUAGUCGCAUGGACAGCACAGGGGUACCUGACCGGAUACAGGUGACCACGGACCUGUACCAGGUUUUAGCUGCCAAGGGCUACCAACUGGAGUGUCGAGGGGUGGUCAAGGUGAAGGGCAAGGGGGAGAUGAUCACCUACUUCCUCAAUGGGGGCCCCAGCAGUUAGCAGGGCCCAGCUGCUGAUUCAGCUCAAGGGACCAAGGUGGGCAUUGAGUGGACUCCUUACUUGCUGGGUGGAGCUGUGCCAGGGGACUCUGUCUCCAGACCUCACUGAUCACAAAAGGGAAGACCCCAGCAGAUUAUACUGGGACUGUGCUCGUCUGCCCUCAGACUGGUGAAAAGGGAUACCAAGAUUAUGCAACUGACUUUCUUUUUCAAAUGAGGUCGGGCUGUUUCUUCUCUUUUCUUCCAGCUUGUGGGAGCAAAAGGGAGCAGUACGGGCAGGGAGAGCCUUCCUGUCUGAGAAAUUAAAAUGGCAAUUUGCCAUGCCUACCCUUGUCUUGUCUGGACAACAGGCUAAGGGCUGGGUCUUUCCUUUCCCUUUUUCCUGGGAAUAUUUUGUACAAAGACUGGGACAGGCAUGAGGAGUGCCUAUUCCAUAUUUGCCUUUGCUAUGCCUGUGUCCCCAGCACUAAUCCUGGGUACUGCUAGUCCUAGCCAGGUCUCCCUCCUGGGCAUAGGGCAGGAUGGAGACCUUCUGAGGACCCAGCUCUAUCUACAUUUCAGGGGAAUGUUUCCAUUUGCCAAAUCCUAGUCCCGUGAUCUGUCCCCAAAGGGGAACAAAGGGACUGUGACAGUUCAGAGUUAGCCCCAGUUCCUACACAUUCCAGGGGAAGGAGUGUCUGGCCUCACUGGUACUGUGAAAAUGCCCAGCCAGAGGGCCAGCCUGUGUGUGGGUCUGGAGAUUUCAAUGAUCAGAAGCUGGACAUUCACCUACAGGUGCCAAAGAAUGCAGGCAGCUAGGUAGGGGGAUGGAGCCAGGCUUGAUCUGAGGCUUAGCCAUAGCUAGGAUCAGGUCCCUUGGUCCCAGCACUUGCUUGCUGGCAAGGGGGCAUGAAGCUUCUCUGCCCUUCUAUUGCCAAAUAGAAAAGGUUCAGGGCACAGAGGAAGAUGACCCUGAUCCCAAACCUGGCCUCCCAAGUCUCUGCCCCUGGGGAGGGCCUGUGUGUUUGUGUAACUGUGUGUGCAUGUUGCUCUUUGCGUGCAUAUCUAUUUCCCAGGUCUGUGUAUGUCCUUGUGCUCCUGCUCCUCAGCUCUCCACCCAGGGUUGCCUCUCUUCUGUGGGCCUCUUGUCAUCUGGGAAUAAGGCAGGGUUUCCUAUUUCAAGGGAUGAAGGGAGAUGCCCAGCUUGCACAGGAGCAAAAGGAAGGUGGCCUGGGGAGAGGAGUCCUUUUUGUGCCAAAUCCCUAAGUGCCAUUUGGGGCCAUGUGUACAGUAUGACUGUCUCCUUGCCUCAGGCAGGGACCCAAGUGCCUGCUUGAGCCUCAGUGCUCCAUGCACUUGAACUGUCAAGGGUUUAGUGGGUAAGCAGAGGCUGAGGGAUUUCCUGGGUUCCCCAGCUUAUGUCCUGGGAUAUGUUAUGCUUUGAGACUGGGGCAGCAUGGGAUCCUUUGAGGACCCAGAUAUUGGUACUAAGGGAUGGGGAAGGGGGAUCUUAACUAGGCUUUCUGGAGCCUUCAGGUUGAGUCUAUAAUGCUUCUCACUCCCAGUCCCCAUGCAGGGGCUGCUGGAAGGGUUAGAAGUUGGACUCUAUGGCUGGGAAUGUAGCUCAGUGGUAAAGUGCUUGCCUAGCAUGUACAAGGCCCUGAGUUCAAUCCCCAGUACUAUAAAAAAACAAAACAAAGCAAACAAUCAAAGUUGGACUCUAAAUUCCCUUCCUAUCCUUGCUUUCCUUUUACCCUCUUUGCCUGCAGUCUCCUGGACUCUGGCCUGAAGUGGCUGGUGCCUUGGUUUCUCUCUAUAUACUUACUUAAGCCAGAGACAUUAGCUCGAGUUUUGCUUGAAGAUCAUUUUGUCCUGUAAGUGUCUAGAGAAGCAGAGGAGAAAGGGGCUGGGGGGUGGGGUGGAAGGAGGAAGUAUUGCCCUUGCCCCUCCUUAUGCUCCUUCUGACACACCAGCUCCUCACAGAGGUCUGUUCCUGGCUUGGUACUGCCUGCCUUGGGGCUCUCCAUGCAUCAGCCAGUGAACCACCAGGCAUUUCAUUAGCCAGGGCAGAGAAGAAAAGCUAGCUGCUUCAGACAGAAAACUGACUCCCCUUCCAUUCCCCUUCCCAUCCAGCCAUAGCCCUGGAGGGAAGGAUUCCCUGGUGCCAUGGGAAGAAAAGGAGGGUGUAAGUGAGCCAGAGUGGGAAGACCUCAGCCUUGGGUGAUGUGUCUCUGCUUCUUGUCAGGUGGGAGGGUCCUGACCAUACUCUGGCUCCCUGUACCGCAGUGCCAGUCUGCCCUUCCCCUCGGUUACCACUGGCCCUUUCCUCACCAGUUGUGGAGGAGUUGGGAUGGGAGGCCAUGGGCUUUGGUUUUAUAAUGUAACCACUGUGGGAGUGGGGGAGGGUGGUGUACUAUGUAUUUCAGUGAAAUAUUUAAUAUAUUUAAAUAUCAAUAAAAUCAAAUUCUUUGUAAAA